UUGGACUGGGGCCGGCGCCGCGGCCGCUUCUCCCGGCCGCUGCUGCUGCGGUCUCUGUUGCUGCUACGGGCGCCGUGGAGUUGGUGCCCGGGGCCGGGGCGGGCGCGCGCCAGGGGGACCGGCCCCGAUGAAGCGGAAGGAGAAGCGGCUCCUGCAGGCUGUGGCGUUGGGGCUGACGGCCCUUGUCUUCCUGCCCAACGUGGGGCUGUGGGCUCUCUACCGGGAGAGGCAGCUGGAGGGCGGCCCCGAGGGUGCCGAGGCGGCAGUGGCGGCCAGAGCGGGGGUCGCGCAGGGACAACAAAGAAGACAAAGGAAGGACAUCUAUUUUGGAGAUGGCCAGAGGAGAAAAGACUGGCAUGACAAAGAAGCAAUCAGAAAGGAUGCUGAACGAGUAGGAAAUGGAGAACAAGGAAAGCCUUAUCCCAUAACGGAUGCUGAACGAGUGGACCAGGCAUACAGAGAAAAUGGAUUUAACAUCUUUGUCAGUGACAAAAUUGCUCUGAAUCGAUCCUUACCUGACAUCCGGCACCCAAACUGCAACAGUAAACUGUACCUAGAGAAGCUCCCCAACACCAGCAUUAUCAUCCCAUUCCACAAUGAAGGUUGGUCUUCUCUCCUGCGCACCGUCCACAGCGUACUGAACCGUUCUCCCCCGGAGCUGGUGGCUGAGAUUGUGCUGGUGGAUGACUUCAGUGACCGAGAACACCUGAAGAAGCGUUUGGAAGAUUACAUGGCCCAGUUUCCAAGUGUAAGAAUCCUCCGAACCAAGAAGAGAGAGGGACUCAUAAGGACUCGGAUGCUGGGAGCUUCAGUGGCCAUUGGCGAUGUCAUUACAUUUUUGGACUCACACUGUGAAGCUAAUGUCAAUUGGCUUCCACCCUUACUAGACCGCAUCGCUUCGAACCGAAAGACCAUCGUGUGCCCAAUGAUUGAUGUGAUCGAUAACGAUCACUUUGGGUAUAAGACACAGGCCGGGGAUGCCAUGCGGGGAGCAUUUGACUGGGAGAUGUAUUACAAGAGGAUCCCCAUCCCUCUGGAAUUGCAGAAACCUGACCCCAGUGAUCCAUUUGAGUCUCCUGUAAUGGCUGGAGGACUAUUUGCUGUGGAUCGAAAGUGGUUCUGGGAGUUGGGAGGGUACGAUCCUGGCCUGGAGAUCUGGGGUGGAGAACAGUAUGAAAUCUCCUUUAAGGUGUGGAUGUGUGGAGGCCGAAUGGAGGAUAUUCCCUGCUCCAGAGUGGGUCACAUCUACAGGAAAUAUAUCCCCUACAAGAUCCCCACAGGAGUCAGCCUGGCCCGGAAUCUGAAACGAGUGGCAGAGGUGUGGAUGGAUGAGUAUGCAGAAUACAUUUACCAGCGCCUUCCAGAGUACCGCCAUCUCUCCACAGGGGAUGUCACUGCCCAAAAGGAUCUCCGAAACCACCUCAAUUGCAAAAGUUUCAAGUGGUUCAUGACAGAAAUUGCCUGGGACCUGCCCAGGUUUUAUCCUCCAGUGGAACCCCCAGCGGCAGCCUGGGGAGAGAUUCGCAAUGUAGGCACCCAGCUGUGUAUAGGCACAAAGCAUGGUGCUCCAGGCUCCCCUCUGAGAUUAGAGAGCUGUGUCAAAGGCCGAGCGGAGGCAGCGUGGAGUAACGUGCAGGUGUUUACCUUCAGUUGGAGAGAAGAUAUCCGUCCUGGAGACCCCCAGCACACCAAGAAGUUUUGUUUCGACACUAUCUCCCAUAGCAGUCCUGUCACGCUCUAUGAUUGUCAUGGCAUGAAAGGAAACCAGCUAUGGAAAUAUGGAAAUGACAAGACUCUAUAUCAUCCCGUCAGUGGCAGCUGCAUGGACUGUGCAGAGAGUGAUCAUAGGAUCUUCAUGAAUACCUGCAACCCAUCAUCGCCCACACAGCAAUGGAUAUUUCAAUACACAAACUCAACCGUCCUGGAAAAAUUCAACAGGAACUCUGACUUAUAAGCAUAGCAAAUAUAUAUAUAUGUGUGUGUGUGUGUGCGCCUAUAUGUGUCUGUGUGUGUGUAUAUAUAUAUAUAUGUGUGUGUAUAUGUAUAUAUGCAUAUGUAUAUGCUCACACACUCCCUUAAAGACACAUGUACACAUAUUGCAACUAUUUUUUUUAACUGGUGAAGGAAAGAAAUUUUUUUUAAUGAAUAAUUUUUUUAAAAAACAAGGUCACAGGGAAUGUCUCCAGAGGGGGUGGAGGAAUGACAGGAUCUAAAGGACAAUUAAUUUUAAUUUUUACAGUGCUACAGGACUUACUCCCUCAGUACCUCUCCCUGUUGGGAAGGUGAAGGACAUUCAUGGACUCUUAUCAGAACUGCUGUUCCCUCUGAAUCAGGCCUAAAGCCACCCAUCCCAGAACAGCGGACCUGACCAGCCCUGGUGCUUCUCCCCUAAAGGGUGCAGCUACUUUGGGAGGGAGACUGGAAAGGUACCCCUGUGGGGUAUUGAAGCUUGGGUAUUGGGGGCCCUGUGGGGUAUUGAGGUUUUAGGACCUGACAUCAUCUCCACCUAAACCCCUCAGUAAAGGAAGAUCUUAUAGUAGUUAUUUGAUCAAUACUGGGUGAAAAUACAGACGGAAGGAUGGGAAAGUCCUCAAAGUCUUGGGUUGGGAGGGAUUUAAAGGGGCCACAACAGUAAAGAUCAUCAACUAAAUUGGACCAUAUGUUCUACAUUACUUUUUCAGCAUUUAUGAGAUGGACCCAGAAAGAAUAAUAGUUUCCUUCCUAUAGGCCUGACCUUUGACUUACAUGUCAUAUUGGUCAUAAUAUAGACUGUACCUCACCUCUAAAUCUGCUUGUCCAGAAUGGGAGCUCAGCCUCUCAUCAUUAGCAUCCGUCUGCCCUGCCCUUGACCUUCCAAGGCAGCCUGGAUCAAGGCUGUAGUUUGCGAUUGGUCCCUGCCAGCUUUUAUUUUUUCUCUUUCAAAUGAAUGCAGGUUUGGAAAUUUGCUAAAGGUGCCUGUUUGCCAUUUCCCCUAGAAUUUUCUACACCCCUUCAAUCCUGAUUUGCUGACCACCACCACCCAAACAUCCAACUUUACAGUAAAUUUAUUUUUAUAUAGUAAUUCUGUGUAAUUGUUUUUCACUGCAUCCAUAUU